AUGACUGAAUUCCCUCCUUUGAAGAAUGACUUGAUUUUGAGAGCAGCUUUGGGUGAGAAGGUUGAACGUCCACCUGUGUGGAUCAUGAGACAAGCAGGUAGAUACCUUCCCGAGUAUCAUGAAGCCAAAGGAAACCGCAAUUUCUUUGAGACAUGCAGAGAUGCAGAAAUUGCUUCAGAAAUCACUAUACAGCCUAUUGAACACUUCAAUGGUCUUAUUGAUGCAGCAAUCAUCUUCAGUGAUAUUUUAGUUAUUCCACAAGCCAUGGGAUGCGAAAUUAACAUGGUAGAAGGGAAAGGGCCCGUCUUCGAGGAUCCCUUGCGGUCCCCAGAGGAUUUGAAGAAAAUUAACUUAAAGCCUGAUAUAUCUAAGGAAUUGGCAUGGGCAUUUAAGGCUAUCAACUUGACAAGAAGAAAAUUAGAAGGAAGAGUUCCACUUUUAGGAUUUGUGGGAGCUCCAUGGACUUUAUUGGUCUAUAUGACCGAAGGACAAGGUUCAAAGAUGUUUAGAUUCGCAAAACAAUGGAUCUUUGAAUAUUCUGAUCUGGCACAUCAGCUUCUUUCGGCUCUUACUGACGCCUGUAUCGAAUUCUUGGCCCAGCAGGUAGUUGCUGGUGCUCAAAUGUUGCAGGUAUUUGAAUCUUGGGCAGGUGAGUUAGGUCCAGAUGACUUUGAUAAGUUUUCGCUUCCAUACUUAAAGAAGAUUGCAGCACAUUUACCUAAAAGGCUUGCAGAAUUGGGAAUUAAACAUAAAAUACCUAUAACGGUUUUUGCCAAAGGUGCAUGGUAUGCCUUAGAUGAGCUCUGUGAACUGGGAUACGAUGUGGUCUCGUUAGACUGGCUAUAUAAGCCCGAAGAUGCUGUUAAAGUCGUAAAUGGAAGACGUAUCACUUUGCAAGGUAACCUUGAUCCAGGUGUAAUGUACGGAUCAGAUGAUGUGAUUUCUGAGAAAGUAGAAAAAAUGAUAAAAGGUUUCGGAGGUGGCCAUCAAAACUAUAUUGUUAAUUUCGGGCAUGGAACUCAUCCAUUUAUGAAACCAGAAAAAGUUGGACAUUUCUUGAAAGAAUGUCAUAGAUUCGGAUCUCAAUGA